AUUGUCGUUUCGAUCUUUCAGAUGCUAAACAGCCUCCUGCUCCAUAACCGUGCAAUCACAAAACGGAAAGAAGAAUACUUUCAAUUCCUCGGCGAUCUCAGCGAACUUCGGCUUAUCCGAAACAUUCAGGUUCCGGAAUCUGAGGAGAAUCGCGAUCUAUUUGUAACUGCGUAUCGGAAUUGAGAUUGUAAUUAUUUUAGUUUAUUGAUCGAUCAGUGAGCAGCUUAUUCGAUUGAGAGACGAUGAGUGAGGUAUUCGAAGGAUACGAGCGCCAGUACUGCGAGAUUUCGGCGAAUCUUUCGAAGAAGUGCACUGCAGCUGCCUCUCUUCAAGGAGAGCAGAAGAAGCAAAAGGUUUCUGAAAUAAAACGUGGAGUUGAGGAAGCCGAAUCGUUGAUUCGGAAAUUGGACAUCGAAGCGAGAAGCUUACCGCCAAAUGUUAAGGCUGUGCUUCUUGCUAAGUUGAGAGAGUAUAAGUCAGAUUUAAACAAUCUGAAAACUGAACUUAAGAGACUUGUAUCUGGAAAUUUGAAUGCUGCUGCUCGUGAUGAGUUGUUGGAAUCGGGAAUGGCAGAUGCAAUGACGGCCUCAGCUGAUCAAAGAUCAAGAUUGAUGUCGGCAACAGAGAGAUUAUAUAAGUCUAGUGAUAGAGUCAAGGAAAGUAGAAAAACCAUGCUGGAAACCGAGGAGCUUGGUGUUUCAAUUCUUGAAGAUUUGAGUUCACAGAGGCAAGUGCUUUUACAUGCCCACAACACGCUACAUGGAGUGGAUGAUAACAUAGGCAAAAGUAAGAGAAUUUUGACAGCCAUGUCAAGGAGAAUGAGCAGGAACAAAUGGAUUAUCGGCAUCAUUGUUGCAGUUCUUGUGGUGGUGAUCAUCUUGAUAUUGUACUUCAAACUCAAAUAGCCUAGAUGAGCUCUCAAUGGAUUGUCGCUGCUUUACCAGCAAUGAUUUUUUUUUUUCCCUUUUCAUUUUAUUUUAUUUUGUUACAUUAAAAUCCCAUGUAUUGUUCUUGGUUCUUUUUGUGUGUGUGCUGAAAUGAAGUCAAUUAUUUUCAGACUUUUUUGUUUCCUUUAAUUAUAUGGAGCGAGUAAGAGUUUACCUUUGUUA